GCUACUUCGGUGCCUUGUGCAGAAAAAUGGGGCUGGUUGAGGGAAACUGUGGUUUCAGCAUUUUUUUUUUUUUUCUAAUGUAAUUUCUACUCCUGUCAUUUAUUCUGGCUGUCCAUUCUUCUCCAGGACUAGCUGUGAAGAUGGAGAAAUCUGCACUGCUGCUGUUUUGUUGCCUGGUCAUGUCGUUAUCGGGCUCCCCACUCUACCCAUCCAUCAGGUUCGGCCAGAGGGAUACAUCCAUCCUGAUGACAUCCUCUAUAAAGAAUCCAGCAGAAGCAGAGCAGCUGGAGGAAGACACAAGUCCUCCCAGGGAGCUGGCAGAGUUACGCUCAGUACGCCACGCUGAUGCCAUCUUUACAAACAGCUACAGGAAAGUCCUGGGACAAAUCUCAGCCAGGAAGUUCCUUCAGACAAUCAUGGGCAAACGCCUGGGAGGUGACAGAGAGAGUUACAUGAAGCGACAGUCAGAUAUCUACGAAGGGACGUAUAAAGAAGAUCUUACAUCCAUUCAGAGUAAUCAGAGAUACAGAGAAGUGCGUGGGAAUGUCGUGAGGCCCAGACUGCUGAGCUGAGAAGCUCCUUGCUGCUGCACUAUUCACAACCAUCACUGCUUGUUUUCUUAUAUUUCAUCCAAGCUGUUCUCUGCGGGUGAAAAUCAUGUCGUCUUUUUUUUGUAUUCCCAUUAAAG